AUGAUCUCCAAGACCGAGCCUACUGCGGAAAGCACUUUCUGGGACAAUGCCGACAAGCAUCUCAUGCAUACUGGUGUACCAUUCUCACCAGUCAUUAUCACCAAGGCCCAAGGCACAAGACUCUACGAUGCGGACGGUAGAUCGAUUCUUGACUUCACCUCCGGUCAGAUGAGCUCUCUUCUUGGACACUCUCAUCCCGAAAUUGUCGAGGUUGUUCGAAAGUAUGUUGGCGAGCUCGAUCAUCUGCUUAGCAAUAUGAUCACUCAACCAGUCGUCAAUCUAGCGGUGCGCUUGGCCAGUCUGCUUCCCGCGCCCUUGGAGAAAUCGUUCUUUCUCAAUACCGGCUCCGAGUCGACUGAGGCUGCCAUCAAGAUGGCGAAAUGCUACACUGGGAAGUUUGAAAUUGUCGCUUUCACCGCUAGCUAUCAUGGACUUACUUCAGGCUCUGGAUCGGCCACAUAUUCGGCAGGACGCAAAUUCGGCGGCCCGGCAAUGCCUGGUCAACUAGCGUUCCCCGCGCCAUACCCAUAUCGCUCGCCCUUCAAGAAAGCCGACGGCUCUUAUGAUUGGGAGACUGAACUGGAAUAUGGCUGGUCAAUGAUCGAUCGCCAAAGCGUUGGCUCAUUGGCUGCGUUCAUUAUGGAGCCUAUUCUCUCAACCGGAGGUAUUCUUGACCCACCUCCUGGCUACCUCAAGCGCAUGGCCGAAGAAUGCAAGAAGCGAGAUAUGCUCUUGAUUCUUGAUGAAGCUCAAACUGGUGUCGGACGUACCGGACAGAUGUUCGCUUUCCAGAGAGACGGUAUUGUGCCAGACAUCCUUGCGCUUUCCAAAACACUUGGUUGCGGUCUGCCUCUAGCGUCUGUGAGCACAACAGCCGAGAUCGAGAGAGGAUGUCGCGAGGCGCGUUUCUUGUGGCUCACCACUCAUCUAAACGAUCCUCUCACGGCAGCAGUCGGAGACAAAGUGCUCGAGAUUGUGGUGCGCGACAACAUCUGCGAACGCGCCAGUGAACGCGGCGCUCAACUCCGAGCAGGCCUCGAAAAGCUUCAAAAGAAGUACUGGUGUAUUGGAGACGUCCGAGGACGUGGCCUCUUUCAGGGCAUCGAGAUCAUCUCAGAUCCAGAGACCAAGGCACCUGGUCUUGAUAUCGGGCAAGCAGUCUCUGACAAAGCCAUGGCUCUUGGUCUCUCAUGCAACAUCGUGAACCUGCCUGGCAUGGGCGGUGUCUUCAGAUUAGCACCACCUGUCACUGUCUCUGCCGAUGAGAUUGAGGAGGGUCUUCAGAUUCUUGAUGCUGCGUUUGGUGAGGUGUUGAAGUCUCACAGCCAACUUCGUGGUGGCCACGAGCAACCUGCCCUUCCGCUCUGA